AUGAGUAUCGACCGAGUAGAGGCAAAGGUCGUGAUACUCGGCGCUCAAGGUGUGGGCAAGACCGCAUUGUGCGUGCGGUACAUACACGGAGGAUGGACUGCGCAGUCCGCUUCGACAAUUGGUGCCUCCUUUCUUACCAAGAAAGUUCAGGUGGAUGAAUGCGAAGUAAGGCUGCAGCUUUGGGACACAGCUGGACAAGAGCGGUUUCGUUCGAUGACGCCAAUGUACUACCGCGGCUCGCAGGCAGCGAUAUUGUGUUAUGACAUUACUUCACGAGCGUCUUUCCACGCCGUCGAAACUUGGUUGAGCGAGCUGAGGAAGAACACGAGUCACCACAUGAUCAUACACGUGGUGGGCACCAAGGCGGAUUUGGUCGUUGCGGAUCCGUCUAAACGAGAGGUUCAGUUUGAUGAAUGUGUCGCAUUUGCUACGAAACAUGCCGACGCCUUUGGUCAAAUGUCGCAUAUCGCAACGGCGAAAUCGGGAGCAAACGAUAUACCAAACUAUGCACUAGUCGAAGGCGCCUGCCAUGAAAUCAGCAGCAAAGACGAUCAAGGGGUCGAAGAGCUAUUUAAUGCUGUCACACGCAAUCUUGUAGAGCGCCGCGAAGAGAUAGAGCGCGAGAGGGAAGCCUUGUAUAACAGGAGACAGAACAGUGUGCAGAUUUCUGCAGAUGUCUAUCCUAGAGAAGCACCCGACUCGUCUAGGUGCUGCUAA